UCUCCACCACAAACAAUAAGAACACAGCAGAGUUAAGAAACGGAGCAUAGAGUAUUGGUGGGUGGAGAGAGCAACAUGAAGCCACCCACGAAACCCAUUUCGAGUCCUGGUCGAACCGAGAAGUUUCCUCCACCAUUAAUGAGAUUCUUGAGAAACAAUGCAGCAAGCAGAAGCAGAGGAAGGUCAAGAACCACCACCACCAUGUUUCUGAGAAAGAAGAACACCAACAUUGAAACACAAGAACCCUCUUCCCCCAAAGUCACUUGCAUGGGGCAAGUCCGCGUUAAACGCUCCGCCACCAAAAGGGUAGACUCAGACGCCAAAAGGGUACCCUCCGCCGGCGCCGGAGCUCCGACCAAGUGCCGGUGUUGCUCGUGGGUCCCACAUGCUCUGUUUUUUCACCGUUUCAUAAAACCCGGUUUUAGUUUCCCCUUUCAGUGCAAACAAGUUCGGCCCAAUUGGGGGUUCUUAAAAAGAAAGAAAACGGAUUCCAAAGUCACAGAAACUUCUUCGCCGAAAACAGAGUUGAAUUUCAGGGGAAGGCAUAACCCUAGUUACGAUGACUCAGAACAUGAAGACAGAGUUAACCCUCCCGCUUUUGUUUCCAACACUUCAACUACUCCACCGAGGAACGCUUUGUUAUUAACUCGGUGCAGAUCCGCGCCGGGGAGAAGGUUCUUGAACAAAGAGACAGAGGUGGUUGAAAACAGAGUAAACAGAGAACACUCUGAGAAUAACAGAGACCCGAAGUUGGAGGCGAAGUUGCGAUUCUUCAAGGAGCUUGAAGAGUCGCUGAGGGAGAGAAUAAUGGAGUCAGAAAAACAAAGGGAAGAAUCUGAUUCUGUUCAUCCUCUGGUGCUGACGAGGUGCAAAUCUGAACCCGCGAGAACCGCGCAAAAACUCGAUCCUGAAUUGAACGUUCUUUCGGAGAAGACAACGUUGGGGUUCGCUCGUGCCUGGUUUUCACAUGUUUUGUGAUUAUUCUAUUCUUAUCUCUGUAACUCUGUUACUUGUUAUGUUUUAGUGUUUUUCUUUUUUGUUUAGUUUAUUAUCUUAUUCUUAUUACCGAGUUCAAUAUAGUUAUAUAAAGAGAAUUUUAUACCC